CUGGGAUGCAUCAUGACACCAGUUUCCAUUUUCCAUUCCGUAUGCCACGAAGUAGUACCGACAAGAAGGUCCGGACAAAGGUCGCGCCGCACUCGGCCUUUGUAUGCCAAUACACGUCCAAGCGAUGCGACCGCGCUCGAUCCGCCAAGAAGAACGGACAGCUCCAUCGUCUCUGCGAGUACCACCGCGGCAAAGCGAACCGGUUCCAAAAAGCGUACAAGCUGCGCGUGACCAAAGCGAGUCCACCCGACUCGCCCGUCGUGCCGUUGACUCCUCCCCUGGCGGCAGACGACGACAACAACGACGGGUUGGAUCCGAUCCCGUUCUUCUCUACCGACUGCGACCUCUCAUGGAAUGCCGAAGACUAUCAAAUGCUGUGCGACGCCAUCAUCACUGCCGCGUAGAAGCCUACUGUACUACACCUACAGUACCUACUCUCUAUUUAACAACUUCGUUUGCUUUCU